UAUGGCUUUAGGCGCAAGCGGGACGCUCUUGGCGCUAUUCGUGACGUUUUGCGCACCAGAAUGUGGAUGGACAGCAGAGAAACUCCUGCGGCCACAAAAUGGGAAACAGACGUCUGUGGACGAACCCCUGAGGGAGAGCUGGGAGCCGUCUAUCCAUCUGGAUGGAAGACCUGUGGACCGUUUCUUCAUAAGCCCCAACAAGCCCACCAGGUCUCACCGCUUUACUAAAGUGAGCAAGGACAGUCGCUCUCAUCCGUUGGAGGAUUUAGACCCUGAAUGGGUUAACCUGGACGGAUUUGCUGUGUUGGGCAACGGACCUGUCAGCAACUCGUCAGCAGGUUCAGUCAGGUCCUCACAGACUGCAGUCAGAAAUCACUCCACUGCAGAACGAACAACCAGGGUAGAGAAGACAGCUCACCCCAGGGGUGCGAGCUUUACUCGGACACACAGGAGAGCCCCACAGUCCUCCUCGGGUCCCGGGCAGCCUGAGCGACCUUUGUCGAGAACCCCGGUGCUGAAACAAAGACGCCAACACAGCACCAAGCCUCAGGCUGACCAGAGAAAUCACCACAAACCAAAACUAACGUCUGAGUCCGUUCAUGUGGUGUCACUGCAGGCACAGAAGGCCCAGGGCCAGAGCGCACCACCCAACAGAGCAGUCGCAGCCAAAACAACAACACCAGAGCCACCUGAAUAUGAGGCCCAGGACAUCAACGUCAGGGUCAUGUCUGCUAAGUCAGUCCUUAUCUCCUGGGUUGACCCUGCUGUAGAAAUGGGGAAAGUUGCCCCUGGGGUAUCCAGAUCAUAUACAGUGAAGUUCAGAGAGAAGGGUGAGUCAGCGCGCUGGGAGUACAGGACCAGCGCCCAGAGGAGACUGAUGAUCGACACCCUGUAUGCUGACAGCAUGUAUGAGUUCUCUGUAAAGAUCUCUCAGGGGGAAAAACACAGCGAGUGGAGUACCUCAGUCUUUCAGAGGACCCCCGAGUCAGCGCCAUCUGGGCCACCUGAGAACUUUGAAGUCAAGCCACUCCGAGGAAAAGGAACCGCGGUUAUCGCAACAUGGGAGGAACCUGAAGAACCCAAUGGAAGGAUCAGAGAGUAUAUCUUGUCGUAUGCCCCUGCAAUGAAACCAUUUGGAAUGAAAACCAUGACUUACCGAGGCAGCGCCACCACAACCACCAUUGAUGGUUUAACACCAGGGGAACGCUACAUUUUCAAGAUCAGAGCCACCAACAGGAGGGGAAUGGGACCACAAAGCAAGACCUUCAGUGUUGCAAUGCCACAGUCCAGCAAUGCUGCUUCAUCAUUCACAAAAAACAAGGACAGCCAGCGGACCAGCCAAGCUGCUUCAAAACAGGAUACCGACCAGUCAACAGAGUCGCUAGAGGAAUCAGCCACAACACCCCAGUCACGCCCAUCUGCACCUGAUAACAGACGUCAACGUCCGCUAACCCAGACGCGCUCCUAUCACAGUAUCUUCUCUUCUGUCAGGGGCUCAGUCAGGAAUCCAGUGUCCAGGGGCUCAACCAGAAGAAAAGCUAAAGAGGAAAAAGAUGAAGACACAAUAUCGCCAACACCAUCUUCAGCUAAACAGACAACCACUACUGAAGUUGUGCCAAAAGAACCAGAUAAUGAUGUUUCUCUUGUAUCGGAGGAUGAAGUGGGGUAUGAUGGGCCCAUGACCACUGAAGCCCCCAGUCUCAAAAUUGUAACACCCUCCCCAACUAAACCUGUGCAUAUCAGUCCUAACAGGCCAAACAGAAGGCUGAUUAAGAUCAGGGUCCAUCAAAAACCUGGAUCAAAGGCUACUUCCUCGUCGUUAUCCAAAGAUUCAUCCUCUUCCACUUCAUCCUCUGACACUCCCUCAAUUUCAUCCACCUCUGUUGAUUCCUCCUCAUCAUCUUCCACCUCAUCACUGUCUUCCUCACAUAAUGAAGAGUCAACAACUAAUAGAAAGGACAAUGUUGUUCUCACAUAUCCAGAGACCAAAAAUAGCUACAAUAAACCCAGUUUAACACAAACUAAACCCGCCACCGCGGUUGUAAAGGAAACCAAUUCACAGCAGACAGACAGUACACCGAUAAGUAAAGGUUCUUCAGCAAGGCGCAGUGGCAGUACUGGUUUGAGAUAUGGUUAUGGACGAAGACAACCUGGAAUUUUAUUCAGAGGGAAUUCAACCCAAGUGCCAAAUGGUUACAAACCUGCCGUCACCUCUCAGUUGAAUUUACCAAGCAGAGCUCAAAGCCAAGGUACAUUAAGCACACGCAGUUCAGCAAAAUCACAGUCCACAUUAUCACAAAGAACUGGAAGCACAUUGGACAGCCAUGCAGCAUCUGAUACAUAUAAUUUUGGCAAAUCGCAAUUUGCAUCAGAGUCUAAGGCUCAUGGGUCUCCAGCUUUGGAAAGAAUGAAUCCAUCCACUUCACAGAGUAGUGCAAUCCAUCCUUCGACCGAAGACACAUCAGGUUCUUCUAAAAGAGUGUCACAUGCAUCUACAACUUCUCAUGAAACGCACACUUUGCAGGAUGUACAUAGAUCACGUGAUCAAGAUACAUCAAGGAGAAAUGGAAAUUCUGGAUCUAAUUCAGAGGAAACUAAAGUUGAAGAGCCAACUUUAAGCACUAGAACAAAUGCUAACAUAGAGGAGACACAGGACGAAGAAGAAAAUGGUAAAAGGACAAAUGUGAAAGCAGGUUCUCAUACUAGAAUUAGUCCUUCAUUUGCAGAAAGAUUCCCCUGGCUAGCAAGUCGUUAUCCUGGCAGAUUUGGUUCUAGUUCAAGGGCAACAUCUCCCAGGCAGGAUAGCAGGACUCCUAUUACCAGGGUGUCAUCUUCUGUUGGGGCUGGUAGACCACAAUUAAGGGGGGCAACAACCAGGCUCUCAGGGGCUGUAGGUGCUACAGAAGUGUCUUCAUUACAGGAGACCGCUGAAGAUCUGAGGACUCCAUUCACUAAUGAUGCACUAAAGAAUGGAAUUGGAUCAGACUCAUUCAAGCCCUCCAUUCGAAACCCAACUACCUCAACAUCAACUUCAUUAAAAUCGGAUUCCCAUCGUUCCUCAAGUGGACACACAGAUUCCAGUGAGGCUGUCCAUGAAGAAGCCUCUAAUGUAAAUAGUAAUGAUCAUAAAGAGGACUAUGUCAAUAAGAGGCUCGGUGAAAGCAGCAAAAAGAUUGCAGACCCUGCAGCCACCCAACAUAAGCCCUCUGUAACCUCUGCUGUCCAAGAAAAUUCAGAGGACAAUGGUAGAAAGGAAUCUCCUCUUUCCAGGACCAGGACUGGCACUUCAUCUGGAGUCAGUCCAAAUUACCGUCGUGUAGGCACGAACGGGAGAGCACGCACUCCUCUUCUGUCUAACAGGCAGUUUGGUGGGUCCAGGCUACCCGUCCGACCACAGCCGGCACAGAACUCUAGGUCUGAAGCCUCAACAUUUGAUUCGUCGCCCUCAUCAUCUGAUCCCUCUUCCUCGUCAAACCUGCCUCAGCCAGUUUUAACCUCAGAUCGUGAUGUUGGCAGUAGUGCUACUGUGACAAAGACGGGGGGAUUGACUGGUGGUAACUCUCAAUCAACAUCAUCUUCAUCUUCAUCUAGAGACAAUUUAAGGAUUAAUGGCGGUCGUCCUCGUCAUCCCAUUGUUAGAGGGAGGCCAAACAGUGGAGGAUUCAAACCCAGCAAUGGAAAUGGUAAAAAUGGGCGACCCAAUCUGACAGCAACAAAAGAAAAAGAGGACAUAUCUUCUCAAGGAACUAGCAAGGCCACUGGUCAAAGGUUUAUCACUGGACCUGAUGGAACCAAAUGGGUGGUUGAUUUGGAGCAAGGGGUUCUUCUGAACUCGGAUGGGCAAGUUCUUCAGGACUCCCAAGGAAAACCCAAGAGAGUUGUUCUUGGGCAGGAUGGACGCACAGUUUUUGACCACCUGGGAAGUCCCCUGGUUAGUGAGGAAGGUAUUGCUCUGUUUGGUAGUGGCAGAGAAAGUCAGCCGGUGGUCAAUCCCAAAGACAAGCUCCUCAUGGUUGGAGGCAAACCUGUUGUUGGUUUAGAAAAGGUUCGUCCCAGGAUCUCAAGACCCACCACCACCACCACCACCAAGGCUCCCACGACCACACCUGAACCCACAACCAGUGACUGGUCCGCAGAGGAGUUCAACUCUCCACAGGCAUACCCUACUUGUCCACCAGGAACCUUCUCCAAAUUAGAUGAACAUGGAUAUCCUGUUGUGGACCAUGAAGGAAUUUUGGAUUGUUAUCCAGAAGAAGAAUCCUCGGGAAUGGAAAUGGAUCACAUGCCUGAUUCUUUAGCUCUUGAGAAAGAUGAGUUGUUUGUCCAGCCUGCCUUAAAAACCACAGCGAUCCCAGCUCCUGAGCCAAACAGCAGGCCGUCCAACCGAGGUCCUUCAUCCGAGCUUGACCUCAGUGGGAAGAAGCGCUUCACAGCUCCUUAUGUGAACUACAUCCAGAAGGAUCCAGGUGCACCUUGCUCUCUAACGGAGGCUCUGGAGUUCCUCCAGGUGGACAUCCUAGCAGGCUUGAUGGAUAAGGACAGCUCGUCAGCCAAUCAGAACCAGCCUCCAAAAAACAAGCCCCAUAAUUUCACAGUAGUCGCCAUGGAAGGCUGCCACUCCUUUAUCAUCCUGGACUGGGCCCGUCCUCUGAAAGAUGAUAUGGUGUCAGGUUACAUGGUCCACAGUGCCUCAUACGAUGAUGUCAUUAACAAUCGGUGGUCUUCAAGACUGUCUAAUGGGACACACCUUCCUGUGGAGAAUCUCAAGCCCAAUUCUAGGUACUACUUCAAAGUGCAAGCCAAGAAUGUGUUUGGUUUGGGGCCAUUCAGCGAAACACUCACCUAUGUCACUGAAUCAGACGACCCUCUCCUCAUUGAUAGGCCACCUGGUGGAGAACCAAUCUGGGUCCCCUUCUCCUUCAAGUAUAACUCAGCCCACAGCACCUGCAAGGGCAGCCAGUACGUCAAACGGACAUGGUAUAAAAAGUUUGUGGGUGUGGUUCUAUGUAAUUCCCUACGAUACAAGAUCUUCAUGGGGGACGGUCUAAGAGAGCCUUUUUACAGUGUAGGAGACACAGCUGGGCAGGGGGAGGACCAUUGCCAGUUUGUGGACUCCCACAGGGACGGAAGAACAGGCCCGGCCUACCUGUCAAAUAAUCUCCCCACAGCACAAGGAUUUUACCGUUCAUACAGGCAGGAACCAGUUGCUUUUGGAGUUAUUGGCCGACGUACGCCCCAUCCGUUCGUUGGCUGGUAUGAAUGUGGGGUGCCUAUCCCCGGGAAGUGGUAACACGGGAAGAAGAGGAGGCACCAAGGGCGACAGCUCUGCAUCCUGCUGCAGGCUCCGACCUUUGUGGUCUUGCCCUUGAAAACAGACUUUUACCAGCAAGCACAAAAGACACCACUACAAAUUUUUUUACAGCUUCAUUAAAAAAAAAAGAGAAUAUAGUACUUUUAAACAACUCAAUGUAUAUCAUUACGAUGCACUUUUUUCUAUAAAGCAGUCUGUAUAUGAGGGGAAAAGAAGCAUGUUUGCUCUGGCUUAACCUUACUUUAGAGUCCUUGUCUACUUGUAUUAUUUCCAACUAUCCCAGAGACAGGUCCUUAAAAAGUAUUAUUUAUCUCUUUACCAAUGGAUACACCACCAACAUUGGACCAAACAACAACUUUUAUAGAAAACUGUAUAAAUGGGAACUUUUUAAUUUUUGUUUUUUUCAAAAGUUGGCACCGUUUUCUGUUUUUAUUGAAAUGUCUGUGACAUUCUUUGUUCAAAAUUUCAAAGAAAUGUGGUAACAGAGCUCACCCUUCAACCAUGAUUUUACAUGACUGUUCAUAUCAGCCGAUCUAGGGGUUGUACUCUACUUCCCCCAAAGCUUUCUGGGGGUCUGCCUCUUUUGGGAUCAGUGAUUUUGCUUUGCGCUUCUGUGGCAAUGUAAAUGUUGACUCAAGUUAAACUCAAUAAUCCUUGAAGCAUGUUACGCUGUAUGAGACAUCAUACAGUACCUAGCCUGAGAUCUCACAUUACCGCAUACAGCAGUCUGAGCUUACACAACCACACACCGAUGGAAAAAUACUUGACUGACAACUUCUUUCUUAAGAAAUAAAUUUCCCUGGUCUGUA